AUGAUACUAUCUGAACUUCUAUUACACUCUUUCAAGUCUUUUAAUGAUGAAUACAAUUCCAUUGAAUCAAAAGAAGACGAAGUUAUCUUUGACCAAUUACACUCAGCUGCUUUCCAAGGUUCAGCUUUAGGUAGAACUAUUUUAGGUCCAGUCGAAAACAUUAAACCAAUCACUCGUGAACAAACCCAAGAAUUCCUUCAAGAAAACUACACUGGUGACCGUUUAGUUAUCUCUGCUGCUGGUGCCGUCAACCACGAAGAUUUAGUUAAACAAGUCGCUGAAAAAUUCUCAUCUGUUAAAGCAUCAGAUGUCAGCAAAGACCAAAAGAGAUCAGUUAUCACCAACGACUUUAUUGGUUCAGAAUUACGUGUUCGUGAUGACAGCCAACCAUUAGUCCACUUUGCUGUUGCCGUUAAAGCUCUUCCAUGGAACCACCCAGACUACUUUGUUUUAGAAUUAAUCCAAACCAUGAUUGGUAGCUGGAGCAGAGGUAUCGCCGCCGGUAAAAACAUUGCUUCAAACCUCGGUGAAAUCGUUGCCACUGAAAAUCUUGCUGAAAGUUACUCAACUUUCUUCACCUGUUAUCAAGAUACCGGUCUCUUUGGUAACUAUGGUAUCUGUCAACCAGAACGUGUUGAUGAUUUAGUCGCUGAAAUGUUAAAAGAAUGGCAACGUAUUGGUUCAUCUGUCAACAAAAACGAAGUUGAACGUAAUAAACAAAAACUCCUUGCCACUACUUUAAUGCAAUAUGAUGGUACCAGCAAGAUCUGUGAAGGUAUCGGUCGUCAAGUUUUAACUCUUGGUCGUCGUUUAUCACCAUAUGAAGUUUACGUUCGUAUCAAUGAAAUCUCUGUCAGUGAUGUUAAACGUGUUGCUUCAACUCUUCUUCGUGAUGUUUCACCAGCUGUUACUGCUGUUGGUCCAACUUCCAACUUCCCAGACUACAACUUCGUCAGAGGCUGGACUUAUUGGAACAGAUUAUAAACUAACCUUAAUAUAAAUAAUAAUAAUAAUACCAAAAAUCUAAAAAAAAAAAAAAUUUUAAAAAAAAUUUUACACCAAUAAUUUAACAAUAAACAAUAAUAUAAAUCAAAUGAUAAUAAUAUAAUUUUUUUUUUUAAAAAAAAAAAAAACUGAAAUAUAAUAGUAGUAAAAAUAAUAAAAAAAAUAUUUAAAAAAAACU